AAAAAUUGAGUACUUUAUUCGUACAAGAUUUAGUAAAUUUUGAAGUUUAUUUUGAAGUUGAUUAUAGCAGUUUAUAUUUAAUAUUAAAAUAUUAUAUAUAUUGAAAUUACAUAGCAUUUGAAUAAAUUAUUAUACCACCUUGUGUUUCUUCAAUUAAAUACCAAACUUUCAUUAAUUCAAUCGAGCGUACACUCAUCAACCGCUCGACAUGCCUAACGGCUUCCGUUUGUAGUAGUCGGAUAACACAGAGAAAGUUUUAACUACGACGAAAAGUGAUGGCAGUUCUCCUAGAAACAACGCUUGGUGACAUAGUAGUGGAUCUUUAUCCCAAAGAGAGACCCAGAUGUUGUUUGAACUUUCUGAAACUCUGCAAAGUGAAGUACUAUAACUUUUGUUUAUUUCAUUCUGUACAGCGUAAUUUCAUUGCUCAGACUGGAGACCCGACAGGUUCUGGAAAUGGAGGUGAUUCAAUAUUCAAGCAGCUAUAUGGUGAUCAGGCUCGGUAUUUUGAAAUGGAAGAAAAUCCCCGAAUCAAACACAAGAAAUUGGGUGCUGUUGCUAUGGUAAACAAUGGUGCGAAAAUGCAUGGAUCUCAGUUCUUCUUCACACUUGCUGAGAAUGUUGACAGCCUGGACGGGGUGCACACUGUGUUCGGAGAGGUUUCUGAAGGAUUUGAUGUUCUCACGAAAAUCAGUGAAUCGUUUACGGACAAGGAUCAUCGACCAUACCAAGACAUCAGAAUCAACCACACUGUGAUUCUUGAUGACCCAUUCGAUGAUCCGGAUGGAUUGGUUGUUCCAGACAGGUCACCUGAGCCAACAAAAGACCAAUUAGAAAGUGGUCGUAUUGGAGCUGAUGAAGAUAUUAAUAAAGAUAAAGAAAAAACAGAGGAACAAUUGAUGGAAGAACGAGAGACCAAGGAAGCUAAAGCCAAUGCUCAAAUUCUAGAGAUGGUAGGGGAUAUUCCUGAUGCUGAUAUAAAGCCUCCAGAGAAUGUGCUGUUUGUGUGCAAACUGAACCCUGUCACAACAUCUGAUGAUUUGCAGAUUAUAUUCUCUAGAUUUGGACAAAUUAAUAGUUGUGAAGUGAUUAAGGAUAUGAAGACAGAGGAAUCAUUACAGUACGCAUUCAUAGAAUUCGAAAGGGUAGAAGAUUGUGAACAAGCAUAUUUCAAGAUGGACAAUGUUUUAAUUGAUGAUAGACGCAUACAUGUUGAUUUCAGCCAGUCUGUCGCUAAAUUAAACCAGAACCAGAAAU